AUGUCCGAUCCUCUCUCUGUAGCCAGUUCUGCUGUGGGUAUUAUAUCUCUCGGCCUGCAGGUCUGCGGCGAGAUUGUUUCGUUUUGCCAGGCAUGGCGGGGUUUCAACGAAGAUAUCCAAAACAUCGCUGAAAAGGCCGAUGGGCUUCGUAUGCCACUGAGAACCUUGAGGCAACUGAUCGAAGACUUCCGUACAAUCGACCCCACUAUUGCCAGUGACCUUGAAAAUAAGGCAAUGAGCAUUGAACGAGCGAUAAAACGGCUCAAGACAGCGACAGAUCGAUACGCAUCUACCACAUCCGACACAGACUCUUUCAGAUUUCAGCUGAAAAAGGCUGCAUAUCCCUUUAAGAAGCAAGGGUUGCGUGACAUGGCAGGUGAUCUGGAUAGCGUCCAGGCUGUGCUCCAGACGGCGUUACAGAUGUAG